UGGAGAGGAGCCCGUCCGCCCGGCGAGCUUUGACCGCGGCGAGCGAGGAGAACCCACUCGGUCCUUCCCUUCUGGAGCCAGCGUGCUGAAAGAAACCGGGAGGAAUAAACUGGAGGUAAAGGAAAGGAAUGGCUGAUCCUCUGCGGAGGACUUUACUAGCGAAACUCCGGGGGAAGAAAUCCAAGAAAGGAGCGACGGUCGGCGGUGGAUACGGCUCUGCUGCUGCAGCUGCGGCGAAUGGGGGCCGAGAAGCUUUCAUUGAGAAUGUCCAAACCCCCUGUGCUAACGGCCGCGAGGUGGGCAGAGCCACCGAGCCUUCAUCAUGGAAGCAGCCGCUCACCACCAUCACCGUCUCCAAGAAACGCAACUGGCUGCAGCAGAGCUCCCUCGGGAAGAAUCACUGCACCAAGGACGAGCAGCAGGGAAUGCUGGGAGCUGAGGAGGAGGGUGGUCAGGGCUCCCAUCAGCCUCCGCCUCCUCCCAGUCCCUCCCCAGACCACCUGAGACCCUUAAGGGGAGCCGCCCCGCGGCCGGUCCACCUGCAGCUGCCUCAGGUCGGUCAAGCCAAGGUGUCAUUUCACCCUCGGAGCGUGGACCCAGCCGAGGAGAACGACGCAGACGAUGAAGGAGAGAUCUGGUACAACCCGAUCCCGGAGGACGACGAACCGGAGACGUCUCACCGACCCUCCAUUCGGCUGCUGGUCCCCCCUCGAACGGAGCCCGAGAGGAGGCCCAGCAGGGGAGGAGGUGAUGUGGGUCACGGCAGCAGGGCCCUGGAUGGCAGCGGAGGCACGGGGCCGGAGCCUCUCGGCGAAGGCCUCGGUGGCGGUUUAGGAGAUGGGAGUCAGGGGAAUGCUGCACAUUCCACAGAGGCGCUACAUCUGCACAGACAGAUGCUCGCGUGCAAACCUCAGGAGGAGGGUGGGCCUUCCACCAGCAGAACCACAGAUGGUCCUGACCUGCCCAAUGCUGUCGGCUUCUCCCCUCCCUCCAGCCCAAACCCAGCCAAGAAGAGUAGCUCCAUCAACUGGUCCUUCCCAGACAAGAUCAAGUCCCCACGCACCGUCAGGAAGAUCUCCAUGAAGAUGAAGAAGCUCCCAGAGCUCAGCCGGAAACUCAGUGUCAAGGGGACCCCGAGUAGCAGUAACAGCAACAACGGCAGCGGAAGCAGUCAGUUGGAGCCGAGAGCCCAUUCUCCCCGAAACAAUGGUGGUGGGUCGGAGGCUGUGCCCCAAACUUCAGGCCCUCCUAGGUUAGCGGCAUCUGGGGGUGGGCAGGCGAGGCGUAACGUGAUCUCGCGCUACCACCUGGAUAGCAGCGUGUCCACACAGCACAGCUUCAAUAAGAAGAAAAGUAACGGCAGCUCAAAGUCCGCCAGUAAAGGUGGCUACCUCAGUGAUGGUGACUCACCAGAGCUGGUGGCCAAAUCUGGGAAGCACAGCUCUGCAGAGGGGAAGGGAGGGAAAGGCAAGGAGAUGGAAGGAAGCGGAAGCUCGAAACUCAACGGAACAGAGCUGGACAUUGAUGCUUUCCGCCAUUACAGCUUCACAGAACAGCCCAAGUGCAGCCAGUACAUCUCUGGACUCAUGAGCCUGCACUUUUACGGUGCUGAGGACCUCAAACCUCCACGCAUCGACUCACGAGAUGUCUAUUGCGCCAUCCAAGUGGACUCGGUUAAUAAAGCACGAACCGCUCUCCUCACAUGUCGCACUACCUUCCUGGAUAUGGAUCACACCUUCAACAUUGAGCUGGAGAAUGCCCAGCACCUGAAGCUGGUGGUGUUCAGCUGGGAGCCUACGCCGAGACGCAACCGUGUCUGCUGCCAUGGCACGGUGGUCCUGCCUGCACUUUUCCGGGUGACGCGUUGCCACCAGCUGGCGGUGAAGCUGGAGCCGCGGGGGCUGAUCUACGUCAAGCUGAGCCUGAUGGAGCAGUGGCAGAACUCGCUGGACGGUGGGCCAGAUGGAGACAGGGAGCCCCAGGUGUUUGGUGUGGAGGCGUGGCGGGUGGUGGAGCGGGAGAACACGGGGCUGAUGGUGCCACUGCUUAUAAGCAAGUGCAUCAAUGAGAUUGAGAAGAGAGGCUGCCAGGUGGUGGGUCUCUACCGUCUGUGUGGGUCUGCAGCAGUAAAGAAGGAGCUACGUGAAGCGUUCGAGAGAGACAGCCACGGCGUGGAGCUUUGUGAAAACACGUAUCCUGACAUCAACGUCAUCACAGGAGUACUGAAGGACUACCUACGAGAGCUACCCUACCCUCUGAUCACCAAGCAGCUGUAUGAAGCCGUGCUGGAGUCCAUGGCCGUGAGGCCUCUGCGUAUUGGAGCAGCAGGCUGCGAGAACGACCAGGCCGACUCGGAGCACACCGUCAGCCUGCUGGAGAACCUGCCAGAGGUGGAGAGGAUGACACUGCGGAAGCUUCUCGACCAUCUGAAGCUGGUGGCGUCCUACCAGGAAGCGAACAAGAUGACAUGUCAGAACCUGGCGGUGUGUUUCGGCCCAGUGCUGCUGAGCCAGCGUCAGGAGGCGUCCUGCCACACCAACCGAGUCUUCAUCGACUCUGAGGAGCUGGCCAGCGCCCUGCACUUCAAAAAGCACAUCGAAGUCCUGCACUACCUGCUGCAGCUUUGGCCAGUUAUAGACCCACAUGGCCAGUCCUCCUUUCAGUCCCCUGCAGCCUUUUUGGCACAGGCCUCAUCAGACCUACUGGUAGUUCCUCCUCUACGGCGGAGAAAAGAACGCCCCCAGGUCCUGAACCUCACUGAGGCGGAGAUGGCGGGUGUCCUGCGGCCCAAACCGGGGCGCCUGGACAGCCCCAGCAACCGCUACGCUGGUGACUGGAGCGGCUGUGGUGACAGCUACUUCCCUGAAAUGCUGCUGCCUCCCAGCAAAGAGGAGGCGGACUAUGACGAUGUGCCCUCUGAGGAUACAGAGGCAGCUGAGGAGGGGGAGGAGAAGCCUGAGACAGCAGAGGAAGAUACAGCGCAGAAGGUCACAAGCUCUGCGUAUGAUCCCACUGAGCAGGAGCAACCUCCAAGAGAGGAUGUGGUGAAGGAGGAGGAAGAGGAGAAAUCGGAGGAAGAGGAGGAGGAGGAGAAGCAAGGAGAGAAUGAUAGUUCAGGCAUCGGGCAGCCAUUAGACGAUGAGGAGGAAGAGGAGAGGGUGUGCGAUCACAUCCUGCCGCCCCGGCUGCCCAAAGAGCACACCUACCAGGCCUACAUGAAGAUCCAGGACAUCAGCCCAGUGCUUAGCAACAGAGUCAACCUGAGAGACCUGCAGGAGAGCAUCGACACUCUGAUAGGAAACCUGGAGAGAGAGCUCAACAAGAACAAGCUCAAUGUCGGAUACUGACUCCUACCACAGUCUCUCUCUCUCACACACACACACACACACACACACACACACACACACACACACACACUCUCACAAAGCCUGAUGAGGUUUGGGGAAGACCUUCUUUACCGAUCAAGGUGCUUCAGGAUACAGCCACAGUGUUGCCAUGGAGAUCCUGUGAGAUCACCAUGGCAAUGUGGCGUGCAGUGCUGCUGUAAAAACCUAAAGGAUGACAUGAGAAGAAACGUAAUGGGGCACUUCUGACGUUUGUACCUUACCCAUAGACAUUCCUAAUGUUUUUAUUUUCCUUUUAUUUUGUCGACUGUCUUACUUCAUGUUGUUGUUGUUGUUGGUUUGUUUCAAUCCG